GCUGACCAUGUCACUGUUGAUGUUGAUGUGAGUACACUUCCAGUGCUGCAGUAUGCGCGAGAGUCUCCGUCGCCUGGCGUCGGAGGACGGCACGGAGCGACGCGGGCGCAGCGCGGGCAGCCGCCGCGUGCGCGUCGAGCUCAUGCUGGCUGACCAUGUCACUGUUGAUGUUGAUCGUAAAGCCACAGGAGCAGACCUGCUGGAUCAGAUCUGUGAGUCACUUGACCUGUUGGAGAAGGACUACUUCGGAUUGCUGUAUACGCAGCGAGGAGAUCCCAGGGUGUGGGUUGACCUGAACAGGAGACUGUCCAAGACUUUCAGAAACGAGCCGUGGGACGUGCGUCUAGCUGUGAAGUUCUACCCGCCGGAGCCAAGCGAGCUGGCCGAUGACGUCACGCGCUACCAGAUGGCACUCGCCAUCAGGAGAGAUCUCAUGGAAGGUCGUUUAACCUGUUCCCCGAUAACCUACGCGCUGCUCUCGUCAUACGUGCUGCAGUCGGAGCUGGGCGACCACGAGCCGAGCCAGGACAUCUCCCGCGCGCUGCAGCAGUACCGAGCACUGCCGCUCAGUGCCAUCACGCACGAGUUGGAGGCUAAUGUCGAUGAGCUGUAUAGGAAACAUAGAGGCCAGACGCCAGCAGAGGCCGAACUCAACUACCUAGAGACAGCCAAACGCCUGUCUCUAUAUGGAGCAGAGCUACAUGCUGCUACUGACUGCCAAGAUGUGCCCAUCGUGUUAGCUGUGUGUCACAGUGGUAUUGCUGUUUAUAGGGAUGGACUACCAAUGAACCGCUUCCCCUGGGCCAAGAUAACGAAGAUCUGCUACAACAAGCGCCUGUUCACGCUGCGGCUGCGAGCCGGUCAGUUCGAGGAGUUCGAGACCUGCCUCACCUUCCGAGUCCACUGCACCAGCGCCUGCAAGAAGCUGUGGCGCUGCAGUGUGGAGCAUCAUAUGUUCUUCCGUCGCGAGUGUCCAGUCCCGGUGCACCGUAUCCCCGGUCUGUCCCGGCUGGGCUCGCGGCGCCUGUCGUGUCGCCGCACGCUGCAGCAGCUCCGAGCUGCCGCCGCGCCUACUGCUGCUUGACUACUUACUCUAUAAAUAGAAUAUAAGAUCUUGUUCAGUUGUUUACUGCUUAAAUUGAAACUGUAACCGAAGCAUUCUAACUGCCAGUUUCUUCAUCAAAAGUAAAAUCCAAAGUAAAAAUCAAAGUAAUGUCUAAAGUAAAAGUAACGGUCAAAUUCGCUUUUUCUAUUAGUUUUUCUGCCACUUUAGCCUUGAAAAAACGAAUUUGACAGUUACUUUUACUUUAGACAUUACUUUGACUUUUACUUUUGAUGAAGAAACUGGCUGUAAGUUGCUAAUUUGAUGAAUGGGCGGAUAUAUCGCGGCUUAUUGUGUAUUGGUUAUCGUGAUAGUUGUAAUUUGUCCUAAGAGAUCUUAUAAUUUUGUUCACGGCGCAUUUUUUACAGUGCUCCAUACAACACUCGGUAUACCGGCUUAAGGGGAGGAGCGCAUAUGUGCAAGCGAGCUCAGUAUAUUUUCAGUAUUUUGUCUGUGUAUAUUUUUUAAUCCGAAAAAUGCCUUUAAAAAACUUGCAGUCACUUCGCUCGCGCUAACUAUUUCAUCUACACACUUCUUCAUUGUGAACACUGACUAAAAAAUUCGCGCUCGAUUCGCUCGUACCUCUUUUCUUCGUUUACGUUUUUUUGUAUCUGCACGCCUUCAUAUUUUUACAUGUCUUUUUUUUGGUAAUGUGCUGUAAAAAACUUGUAUAUCCAAAACAAAUAGGUCUAAAUAAAUAUAAUAUACAACUAGAAAAGUUACAUAAAGUGCCAUUAUUACAUCGUAAAGUGUAGAUAAAUAAUUAUAAUUAUUAUAGUAAAGUAAUGGUUAUAAGUUAUGAGUUUGUCACUAUUAUCUUAACUUUAUGCAUUUUACUUUUAAUGUCUUUACCUGAAUAAGAUUUUUGUAAGAUUUCCUGUUCCGUAAUGAAGUAAUUUAGGACCCACUUAUGAUAGAAAAUUAGAAUUGUUUUCCAUCCUAGUUUUUUGUUUGUAGAAAGUCUCAAGAGCUAUUCUAGAGAGAUGAAAAUUACAAAAUUACCGAAACCCGCUAUCUCUUUUGUCUUUUCCAUACAUACCAAAAUACGCUAUGGAUAUCAAUUUCUCAUUUAUUUUGUAUUUUAUUGAUUUACAACACCAAUUUAAUUAAAUUACAAAAAAGCUUCAAAAGCUAUAAUUUGACUUUCUCAUGAUACUUUUUAGAUACCCUGUAUGUUUGUUGUAAAAUAUAGACAGCACAGCAACCUACCUUAACCUAUCAACUUCAGUAGAUUUUCAACCUUAUCACUAUUGCAGAAGGUUAAUAUUCGAGUAGUAAAAUUUUACAGUUUCGGGUAGGUUGACCUGCUGGCGUCUGUACUGAUAGUAUUUCCUACUAUUGACUUAAAGCAAUGAACUGUAUAAUAAACUUAAAUAGUUUAUUAGCUAUAGUUAAAGAUGAAAUAUAACUAUUUUAGUACUGUUUAGAAUAAUAAUAAUCUACAAGUAUUUUGAAUAAAA